GGGACUGGGAGAGGGCGCAUUCCCUGUGGCUCAAUCAGCAUUCCUUUGUUCUCGGACAGUCCUUCGGCCCACAAUGUUUGCGCCUAAGACGACAGGUGCUGCCCCAGGCGGCCUGAUGGUCAAUACAAACACCGCCAAUUCUUUGUUCGGCGGCACCAACACUCAAGCUGCCUCUGCGACCACUCCAGCAGCUACUGGAACGUCAGGCGCAACUGGUGGAGGUCUAUUCGGAAACCUUGGUGGCUCUACAAAACCGAGUGGUGGCCUAUUUGGAAACACAACUACGCAGCAACCAUCAUCGACGGGUACCAAUAUGUUUUCGGGCUUGGGUGGCCAGCAACAAAGCAGCACAACAACCGGUGGGGGUCUCUUUGGAAGCGCAACACCAGCUGCAUCACAGCCUCAGUCAACCGGGCUAUUUGGAGGAGCUACAGCUGGAGGCAACACCACGCAAAGUGGUACUACUGGUGGUGGAUUGUUUGGAAACCUGGGCGGCGCCUCUGCUGCGCAAACCCAGAACAAAACUCCUUUCGGUGGACUGGGGGCUUCGACUACUACAACCCAGAACCAGACCCCUACACUCUCCUUAUUUGGCAAUAAGCCUACUGGGAUACAACAGCCCCAACAGCAGCCGGCAGCAGCAAGCACCGUGGUCCCCGGCGUGAAGAUCGAUUUGAGCAAUCUCCUGCCGACAACCAAGUUCGAGAGCUGCGCUGAUGAGAUCAAAGAUUCAAUCGAAAGAAUGGAUGCUUUCAUUCUCAAUCAGAUCAAGAUGUGCAACGAAAUUACCUAUCUUUUCCCGACCCUGGAGAGCGAAUGGUCCACGAUCCCGAAUGAUGUCGAGUUCGUGCAAGGAAAACUUGAUACCAUACAACACGCAUUAGAGAACGACGCCAGUGACAUCGAUCAGCUGCGCAACUUGGUGGCGCGAGAUGCGGCGGAGGCGCAGGUUGCCUUCCGCUCCAUCGACACACUGAAGCUGCCGAUGCAGUAUCAAACUGCUGGAGGAGCCGGGUGGUGGUCUGCCCAAGACCAGAAAUUGCCCGACCGACAGUCGCUUCGCUCUACCCGCAAGAACACCCUCGCCCUCCCCGAUGAGGUUGAGGGCGACCCGUCAACCGCGACCUCGAUCAACGGGAUUCCUGUCAACCUAGUGGACUACUUUUCGCAGCGUUCCGAUGAGAUGGGAUCGGUCCUUGACCGCUACAAGCGCAACCUGAAAGAUAUCGAGGAUCACCUACACAAUGUCGAGCUCACCCUCAGCAGACAGAUCAACGAAUUUGUGGCGUCGAGGAAUCGCGAGGGGGCGGCAGGUGGCGGCGGAACGCCUAUUUCCGCACUCAAUGACCUGGCAGCCGUCCUCGGAGAUGUUGAGAGUGGAAUCUUGGGGGUGGCCAGUCGACUGGGCAGUGUCAAGGAGCAAGUUCAAGAGGUUGUCCUCGGCCCGCCGUCUAUGGGCGACAGCCGGUUUUAGUGGAUCUCGGUGCAAACUCCCAUCGGAAGGACAUAGUCAGGAAUCUUCUCUUGUAUAUUACUACCCCUGAAAUCGGUGAAUAUCAUGAAUGGCUAUAUUGACGGGAAA